UCAGCGGAGUGAAGUCUACACACUACCGCAUACUCGCGCUCCUUCCCGAAAAAAGGCAAUUUUGAUAAUCUACUUCAUGCAAGGCUCUCCCUGCGCCGUUUUUGCAACGACGCUCCACAUUGCGGAAAUCCCUCGGAACCGAAACCACAAGCGGCGACCACGGGAGUGUAUUUUCUUCCAUAGCAGUACAUUUUCAAAGCAUGUAUCAAAUUGUUCGAAAAAUGUUUUUUACCGACUGCCAGUGCGCGUCGGAUGUUUCCAAAAGUUACGAGGAGCUGUUCGCCAAACUCGACACGAACAAGGAUGGAAAAGUGGACGUGUCGGAACUGAAGGCAGGCCUGGCUGCAAUGGGCAUCCUGACUCGGAAAGGAGCAGCUCAGAAAAUUGUUUCAUCUGGAGAUACGGACCAAGAUGAAGGGCUCGACUUCACCGAGUUUUCCAAGUACCUGAAGGAACACGAGAAGAAGUUACAGCUGACCUUCAAGAGCUUAGACAAAAACAAUGAUGGUCAAAUAGACUUCAUGGAGAUCAAGCAGUCCCUUGCAGAACUUGGGCUGGACAUUGGCAAAGAGGAAGCAGAGAAGAUCCUUCAGAGUAUUGAUGGCGAUGGCACCAUGACUGUGGACUGGAAUGAAUGGCGGGAGCAUUUCCUGUUGACCACAGCUACCAACCUGGAGGAGAUUGUCCGAUACUGGAAACACACAACGGUGCUGGACAUUGGUGACAGCCUCACAAUCCCUGAUGAGUUUACAGAAGAGGAGAAGACCACAGGUUUGUGGUGGAAGCAGCUGUCUGCCGGGGCCAUGGCAGGCGCGGUGUCUCGUACAGGCACUGCCCCCCUAGACAGAAUGAAGGUCUUCAUGCAGGUCCACGCUUCCAAGAACAACCAAAUCAACUUGGUCAGUGGUUUCAAGCAAAUGUUGAAAGAAGGAGGCCUGACAUCUUUAUGGCGAGGAAAUGGCAUUAAUGUCCUAAAGAUUGCCCCAGAGACUGCCAUUAAAUUCAUGGCCUAUGAGAAGUAUAAGAAGAUGCUGUCCAGCGAACCAGGGAAGAUCAAGACACACGAGAGGUUCAUUGCAGGAUCGCUUGCUGGAGCAACGGCGCAAACAGCCAUCUACCCAAUGGAGGUGAUGAAGACCAGGCUAACACUGAGGAAGACAGGGCAAUACUCAGGAAUGUUUGACUGUGCCAAAAAAAUCCUGAAAAAGGAGGGCGUUAAGGCGUUCUACAAGGGCUAUGUUCCUAAUAUUCUCGGCAUCAUUCCAUAUGCUGGGAUAGACCUGGCUGUUUAUGAGAGCUUGAAGAACUUGUGGUUGUCCCGCUACGCCAAAGACACAGCCAACCCGGGUGUGCUGGUGCUGCUGGGCUGCGGUACCAUCUCUAGUACUUGUGGGCAGCUGGCCAGCUACCCCUUGGCUCUUGUCCGCACCAGGAUGCAAGCACAAGCUACUCUCGAGGGUACGGAGCAAUUGCACAUGAACCAGAUGGUGAAGAAGAUUCUAGAGAAAGAAGGAUUCUUUGGACUUUACCGUGGCAUCUUGCCCAAUUUCAUGAAGGUGCUGCCAGCCGUCAGCAUCAGCUAUGUGGUGUAUGAAUACAUGCGGUCAGGCUUAGGUAUACAGAAGUAGGAGAAACGUGUAGCCUGCUGUCAUUUUCAUGUCUGUCUUCAAUCAAAUGGGGAAACUAUAAAAUGAAAAAAUGGACUGUAAAUUGAGCUGACGUAGCCAAUACUAGAUCAUUCUGAAACGGCAUCCCUGCUUUAGUUACUAACUGUUUCUCACAAUGCACUUUUAAUUUGAUUCCACGUUUAGCCAUCCAUUUUUUAAAAUUCCAUUUGGGUGACCUGGGUUCAUACCCACAUUCACACAUAGGGGGCAGUGUAGCAGAAUGCUCAUCUAUCUGACUUGGGUGCAGGCAGCUUGGGUUCCGUUCCCACUCAGUGACCUGAGUGUGUAAUGCUUGUCUGUGUCUAUGUGCCCUGUGCAACGAUCUAGAAUAAAAACUAGACUGCACACAGACACCUUGCACGUGGUAAUUCAGCUUCAACUUCCGGUCAGGGCAAAACAUUGCUUUGGGUUAUUUCACGUGAAAGGUGACAUCCUUUGAUAUCCUUACAAUUGUACAUUGUGAAAUACAAUAUUGAAAUAUGUUAGGUUUAACUUUUGGUGUCAAUAUAGUUAAUUCUUGUUGAGCUGUUAGCUGUCAAAACCGUGCUGGCAGUCGCAAAGAAGUAACUUUUCACCGGUGUUUCAGUUUAACCUUCAUAAUUAUUAUAAUUAUGAAUGUGGAAAACAUAUAAUUACAAUAUUAUGAAGGUCUAUACCUCCUAUCACAUAUGUAUGUGUCAAUGUAUGGCAAGAUUAUAUUCAUGUCUCUAGGGAUCCAAAACAUCCCAAGUAUAUAGAUUUAUCGUUUUCCAUGAUGUGUGUAUUGUUUACUAUGCUUUUUGCCCUGACCGGAAGUCAGAGCCUGUUGACCAUGGCGGAACCUAUGUUGGAUGCAGAGCGCGCAGUCUAGUUUUUCUUCUCCGUUAUUGGCCCUGUGAUUGACUCGCGACCAUUUCAUGGUCUAGUCCACUUUUUGCCGGUUAUCAGCUGGGAAAGACCAGGAUAAGUUGUGUUGAAAAUGGACGGAUGGGUGUAUGGAUUCACACCUGGGAACAAUUUCAAGUCCUCAAUUAUACUACUAUUACAUCGCCCACUAUUCAACCCGCACUCCGCAUAGUGAACAUCAGUGGAUAAUGGAUGCCUAUUAUAAUUGCAUUGAAAGAAUUUUUAAAAAUUGUAACUGAAAAUGAAUACACUCAAUACAGCUAAAGCCAUUAUGCACUUCAUUACGGAAAGUUACAUUUCUUAUUCGAGAAUUUUUUUUCAAGCAAGGCUGUAGUCUGAAUGUUUGACUUAUCAUAUGGAGGCGAUUAAAUGAGGCAGCUCAUUUGCCAAAAUCAACAUUGUUAAUAUGAAACUGCAGUAGUCUAAUUAUAGAUGUACAACUAUUUGAAAAGUAAAUCUAACAAUGGCGUUGGAAACAAUGGAGUGAAAUACUUUGCUGCUUCUCUAUGGGUACUAAAUCAAUGCAGGCUGAGGGUUUCAAGAACAUAUUCACACACAGGCAGUAAAAGAUUGAAAAAAAAAUACUGAAUGAGUAUAAAUACCAGGUUUCCUUUUGGCAAACAUUUCUACAAUUCUGGCCAAUUAUUAGACUGUAUUUGUCUCAGCACAGGUCAGCACAGGUCAGAUUUCACAGAGAUGCAAUCAUUGGAAUAUACGUUUACAAAGACAAUUGGGAAAGUCAAUUUCCCAUUUUAUUGAAUGUAAGUCAAACGAAAGAUGAGUGAUGUAUUUUGUCACCUCUCAAAGCAUUUGUGACCAAAAAAAGCACCUCAUCAUGUAGUACCAAACCUCCUAUCACCUGAUUUUUUUUUUUUUAAACCAUUUGUGCAUCUUCAUUUUGCCUCCCACUUGUCCCAAAAUAGUGUAAAAUGUUUUUUGUGUUAAUAUAUCCUUAUAAGAUUCAAGCCUCUUUUUUAAAAAUUGUACUCAUUUGUCAUUCACUGUCGUCAUUUUGACCAGGGUUCCUUUGAAAAUCCUUGUGAAGUCAUGUGCCUUUUUUUUUUUUUUUAAACACGUUUGCCUUUCUUGACAUUUUAUACAGUUAGCUGUUUACAUGAAUUAAAAAAAAUCAGUACAAA